AUGCAGACUUCCCUACAAGCCAUUGCAAGCGUUUCCUCAAAUACCCAAGGAUCACGUACCCUAGGAUCUGUAGAUGAUUUUUCAAAUGAUGACUACUCUAAAGUUAAAGGUCCUGAAAAAAGAGGGUAUAUCAGAUGUGUUGGAAGGAUGCCUACCGUAAAAGAGAAGGUUGUUUCUUGUUCUAAUGAUCCGAGUGUCGAACAACUAAAAACUAUGCUGAACAUUAUGGCGAAUAUCAUCCAAGAACAUAUCCCAAAUGCAAAAUUGUCUGGAAUUCUUAGCAAUAUGAACAUACAGAUGCCAGGAAACACUUCUACAGUUCCACACAACUCUAAUUCAGUUAACCAGAGAGCAUCUUCUGAAAAUCAUCAUAACGAUGAUUACCAUUGUUUGUUUUUGAAUAGGGAAUUGCUAGCAUUGAUUCUAAAGUAUGAGAAAACAUAA